ACAUAAUCAAAUCUUUAUUUAUUUAAUUUAUUUUAAUCAUGGAAUUUGAUGAAACAAACGUUGAUAUAGAUGUUGAUAAUGCCAAUAAUUCACUUUCGCAUUUUAUGCAAUCAAAAGAAUUUUUUGAAUCAUUAGAUAUUUUAUUGAAAUCGGAUGAGGAAGAACUUUCAAAGGAAAAUGAUGUCGAACAAGAAAAAAAUUUAAAAAAAGCUAUUAAUUUGAUUAAUCCAUAUCAAGAACAACCUUACUUACUUGAUCCUCAUUUAGAAGCAAUAGUUAAACCCAUAAUUGAAUUAUUAAGAUCUUAUAUUAAAUCGGUUAAUGCGGCGUCCUUAGUUCUUUCAAAUAACAUAUCAAUUGUUAGUUCAAAAGAUAUUAUUAAAGUUCCAGUUAAGAUACAAAGAUUAUUUAUGCUUAUGUAUUAUAUUAUGAAAAUUCGUGGAUUUAAGACUAUUUUAAAAUUUUUUUCUCAUGAAGUAGCAGAUUUAGAACCUACAUUUUAUUUUUUGGUAGUUUUAAAUACAAAGGAUUUUAAUGCUUGGGAAACUAGAUAUGUUUUAUUGAUUUGGUUAUCACUUAUUUGUAUUAUACCUUUUGAUUUAAAAACUGUUGAUAGUAAAGCAAGUGGAAGUGAAGGUAAAAAGGAAAAGUUUCCUUUAGUGGAUCAUAUAAUUGAUUUAUCAAAGUUUUAUUUAAAAGUCACUGGUAAAGAGAGAGAUGCUGCAGCUGUGCUCUUAUCUAGAUUAUUGACAAGACGAGAUAUAGCUGAAGCUUAUUUGUUGGAUUAUAUUCAAUGGGCAAGAGAUGAAGUUAAAAAGGUUACAGAUGUGUUCACGAUCACUGGAAUUUUCACUUCACUUUGUGCUAUUUACAAAUUGGGACAAAGGCAAACAUUGCUUCCUACUCUUGAGACUGCUUGGCCAUGUUUAUUUAUACUUGAGGAAAAUAAGACGUUUGCUAAUAAUACUCUAGUUAGGAAAAUGUCGGUAAAAUUGGCUCAAAGAUUUGGAUUAUGUUAUUUGAAACCUAAGGUUGCUUCAUGGAGAUAUCAAAGAGGAAAUAGAUCCCUUAGAGAUAAUUUAGAAGUAUCGGAUAAAACGGGGAUUGAUCCCUCGAAUGUUCAUCAAUCACUUAAAGAUAGUGAAGAAGAGGAAGAGGAAAUACCCGAUCAAAUUGAAGAAAUAAUUGAAAUAUUGUUGAAUGGUCUACGUAAUAAGGACACUGUUGUACGUUGGUCUGCUGCUAAAGGGAUUGGAAGAUUAUCACAAAGAUUACCUCAAGAACUUGCUGACGAUGUGAUUGGAUCUUUAUUUGAAUUAUUUUCAGAAAAUACUUAUACGCGUAAUGAUGUACUCGAAAUUUCUGCAGUAUCAGAUUAUACCUGGCAUGGAGCUUGUUUAGCCAUUGCUGAAUUGGCAAGAAGAGGAUUGUUAUUACCUGAAAGGUUAUCAGAAGUAAUUCCUUGGGUUGGCAAGGCACUAAAAUUUGAUUUAAAACGUGGAGCACACUCAAUUGGAUCACAUGUUAGAGAUGCGGCAUGUUAUGUAUGCUGGUCAUUUGCACGUGCAUACGCACCAGAUGUUUUGGCACCUCAUGUUCCAGAAUUGGCAAAUUAUCUAGUGGUUGUGUCGGUAUUUGAUCGGGAAGUUAAUGUUAGACGCGCAAGUAGUGCUGCUUUCCAAGAAAAUGUUGGUCGUCUGGGAAAUUUCCCUCAUGGUAUUGAAAUUAUUACUGAAGCUGAUUAUUUUGCCGUAGGAAAUAGGGUUAAUGCUUUUCUUAAUAUUAGCGAGAAGAUCGCGGAAUUUGAAGAAUAUAGAUAUCAUUUAAUUGACCAUCUUAGUACGAUAACGAUAACAAAUUGGGACAAACCUAUGAGAGAAUUAGCAUCAAAGGCGUUAAAUAGACUGACUCGACUUGAUCUUGAUUAUAUGAUAAACAAAGUUCUACCUUUACUGAUACCACAAACAUUAUCGCCUGAUUCGCAAAUUAGACAUGGUGCGUUAUUUGCGGUUGGAGAUAUUUGUUUGGCAUGGUCAACCAUUCAAGGAAACGAUAAAAGUUGGAUCGAAAAGCAUAAAUUAUUGAUUACUCAAAUUUCAAGUAUAAUUGGAUCAUUACCAGAAAAUGUGUUUACAGAUUUUGGGUCAGAAGUUACAUGUCAGGCAGCAACACAUUGCAUAGCAGGUUUAGCAAAAGCAGGAUGGCCAAUUAAUAAUGAUAUAUUGAAAGAAUGGAAAAAUGUUGUAUAUGAUCUGCUAUCAAGAAAAGAUGAAUAUGGACAAGAGAUUGCUGUUGAUGCUGUUGAAGCACUUAUAACCGAGUAUGGAAUUGAUGGACAGGAAAUUGAAAAGUAUAUAGGACAUAUAAAUCCGUCAAAGAAUGCAUAUGCAAGAAGAGGAUUUUCACUUGCUUUGGGUUUGAUUAAGUUUAAAAAUAUUAAAGAAUAUUUAGAACCUGCUCUUGAUGCUUUAAUAAUAUCCGCUACUGUACAGCAAACAAGAGUAUGGAAUGAUGCUGAAACUAGAAGAAAUUCCAUAUUAUCUGUGACAAAGAUUGCAAAGAAUUUAGGAAAUGAUUUUAAAACUGUUUGUAAUGAAAAGAUAUAUGAAAAAAUAAUUAAUACAUAUUUUAUGGGACUUGAGGAUUAUAGUACAGAUUCUAGAGGAGAUGUUGGAAGUUGGAUAAGGGAAGCAAGUAUGAUGGGAUUAUUAGAAUUUGGUCCACUUAUAAUUAAAUUGGACUCAAACUCAAGUACAAAAUGGUGGAAUAAUGAUUUGAGUAUAAAAGUAUUUAAAAACUUAUUAAAACAAAGUGUUGAGAGAAUUGACAGAGUAAGAUCUACUGCUGGUAAAAUUUUAUUGGAGCUUUUGUAUAUGAAGAAAGAAAAUGAUGAUAGUUGGAUGUUUGAAAUACCAAGGAGAGAUGAAUUACAUAAAGUAUUGCCAAAAGAUGAAGAAAUUCAUUGGGCGAGCCCAUCAGAACUAUAUCCUAGAAUGGUAAAAUUAUUGGUCAUACCCGAAUUUAGAUUUGAUUUACUUACAGGAUUGAUUGUUGCAGCUGGAGGAAUGACUGAAUCUUUAGUUCGAUAUUCAAGUGCUACAUUAAUUGAAUAUGUUAAUUUAUUACCAACUGAUUCUUCUACUAUAUCUUCAUCGGAAUUAUCAUUAAUAGAUAUUGCAAAAUCAUUAUUGGAUUUAGCAAAAUAUUUUGAGAAACAAGAUAGAAUAUUAGUACCAUUAUUAGAAGUGGUUGAUUUCUUAUUUGAGGCAGGUACAUUACAAAAGAUUACUAAUAAGGAUGAAUUUAAUUUUUUGGAAUUAUUUGAAUGUGUGAAGAAAGGAGUGAAAACUAAAGAUAUUAAAAAGUUGACUGCUUGUAUGAAAGUGUUUUGCGGGAUGACUACUUUAAAUGGUACAGUGCGAAAGAAGGCAUUGUUUCAAUUACUUGGUUUAUUAGUUCAUCAGUUUCCAAAGAUUCGAAGAAAUACAGCGGAUCAAUUAUAUUUGACACUUACUGGAUCUAUUGAAGAAGAUGAUGAAAAAUCCUUGGAAAUUGAAGAAAUAUUAACUAAUACCGAUUGGAAUGAACCUAUAUCACAAUUGAAAGAAACUAGAAAUAGAUUGUAUCCAUUAUUAGGUGUAAACCCACCAGUAUUGAAAUCUUCAAGUUAAUUAUUAUAUUAUGCAUUACUCUUUUUUGGCGAUAAUUAUCUUUUUUUGGCGAUAAUUAUGUAAUUUUUUAUAAAAGAAAUUAUAUUGUUUGUGCCAAAUAAUAGUUAUUUAAUAAAAAAU